GGGAACUCCACGCCUCCCCCAAACCUGUCCCAGUUAAAAGGCUGUGCCCCACGGAGUGGGUUUUCAGAGGUUCCCUACACAGCCUAAACUCGCUAGAAGCAGCAUGAAGGGAAUGGAGCUAACCCUAACUUUGACCCUGCUGCUACUCAACUUCAGCCCCAGGAAAGCACUGCCCCUUGACCCCAGCAUUUCAUGCUGCACCCAAGUCUAUCGAAAGAAUCUCCCCGGUAAAGUAUUCUGGAAUGUCAUCCAGGUAGAACGACAAGAGGCCAAUGGUGACUGUCAUUUACAGGCUUAUGUGCUGCACCGAAAAAAUGGACGACCUGUUUGUGUUCACCCAAAGAACCGUUCUCUAGCUCGGUGGUUGUCCCGAAACAAGAUGAGGCAGAAGAAUUAUGGUCAUACAACCAGGCUCAACCCAACUCCCUAGUCUUCACCCCCACGCCCACCCCCACUCCCAUUUCCUCCAGUCUCCUGUGAGAACUGAUCUCAGUUCAGGUCUUUUUCCUCAAAAACCCAACCCCAUAUAUUGCUUGACCCCCUGGGGAUGGGGGGGCAUUCAUUUCCUUAGAGACCCAAGGUGGGGAGAAAGCAAAUGGACUUAAAAGCCUGAGCUCUGCACAAGAACCAGGAAUUAAGCCCUGGGGAUCAGGCCUGGUGGAAAGCAGUCCCAUACCCAUUGCCUUCAGGUAACGCUCUUCCCCUAAUAAAGAUGAGCUGGACAGAA